UAAUAAUAAAAAAUUAAAAACACAAAUAAUAAUAUUUAUAUUAAAGUGAACACUAAGUUCAAAAUGUUUUUUCUUUCUCCUCGUUAAUCGAACAUGUAACUUAUUGUAAAUAGCAAUUUGAUAUCGUGACGAUGAAGUCCAGCGAAGUAGACGUGGUCAAGAUGAUAGAUGCCAACAAAAUGCGGAAGGAGAAAAAGUUGUCGGUAAGUUCUAUCAAUAGUAGUCCGGCAUCCGAUUUAAAACCUCGAGUGGUGACUGUCAAGCAACAUGAUUCAAAAAAGUUGUACACGCCAACUGCUAAAAAAGAAAAUACAAAAAAAAUUGUUCAAGAUGCAACAAAGGAGAUUCAAAACUGCAAUGAUAGUUCUGAAUGGCGUCUAGAUUUGAGUAAAUCAGGAUUGACUAAAGUACCAAUAACUAUUAGAGAUGCUACACAAUUGACUGAAUUGUAUUUGUAUGGUAAUAAAUUGAUAACUUUACCAUCAGAAAUUGGAUGUCUGACCAACUUACAGACUUUAGCACUCAGUGAAAACUCUCUGACCUGCCUACCGGAUUCACUAGCUAAUCUUACUAGUCUUAAAGUCUUAGACCUAAGGCAUAACAAACUUACUGAAGUACCAGAAGUUGUCUAUAAGCUAGAUACAUUAACUACAUUGUUUUUGCGCUUCAAUCGUAUACGUACAGUGAGUGAUGACAUUAGUAAAUUAGUCAAUCUAGUCAUGCUCAGUUUACGAGAAAAUAAAAUUAAAGAACUCUCAUCUGGUAUCGGUAAACUAGAAAGAUUAAUUACAUUUGAUGUGUCACAUAAUCAUUUGGAACAUUUACCAGAAAAGAUAGGAAAUUGUAUACAAUUGUCUACACUAGACCUUCAACAUAAUGAACUUGUCGACAUUCCUGAAACAAUUGGUAAUCUUAAAAAUCUGACACGAUUAGGGUUACGAUACAACAGAUUGAAAAUUUUACCAAAUUCAUUGAGUAAUUGUAAUCGAAUGGAUGAAUUCAAUGUAGAAGGUAACAUGCUUAGUUGUUUGCCGGAUGGUCUUCUUGUUAACUUGAAAGAAAUGAACAGUAUAACACUAGCUAGAAAUAGUUUCACAGCAUAUCCUACUGGAGGGCCUGCACAGUUUAUUUCUGUAGAUUCAAUUAAUUUUGAACAUAACAAAAUUGAUAAAAUACCCUAUGGAAUAUUUUCCAAAGCUAAUUACCUUACAAAAUUAAAUAUGAAAGAUAAUGCCUUGACAUCAUUACCAUUAGAUGUUGGUUCUUGGACCAAUAUGGUUGAGUUAAAUGUGGCAACAAACAUGAUUACCAAAUUGCCUGAUGAUAUACAAUAUCUUCAAUCUUUGGAAGUGUUGGUCUUAUCCAACAAUCUAUUGAAAAGACUGCCGGCUACCAUAGGAAAUCUUCAAAAACUUAGAGUGCUUGAUAUUGAAGAAAACAAACUAGAAACAUUACCUCAAGAAAUUGGUUAUUUGCGAGAACUGCAAAAAUUAAUUUUACAGUCAAACCAAUUGCUAUCUCUACCUCGAGCAAUCGGUCAUCUCACAAAUCUGGCAUACCUCAGUGUCGGUGAAAACAAGCUUAGUACAUUACCUGAAGAAAUUGGUACACUCGAAAAUUUGGAAGCACUUUACAUUAACGAUAACCAAAGUCUUCAUCAUUUGCCAUUCGAACUUGCCUUGUGUUCCAAGUUGCAGUUGUUGGGAAUUGAAAAUUGUCCGUUGAGUCAACUUGGAGAUGCAGUUAAAGGUGGUCCAUCUUUAGUAAUGACUUAUCUCAAGGUAAAUGGCCCAUACCGUACUCUGUGAAAUUUUUUUAAUUGGUGUGGUAUUUCCAUUUGAUAUCUCUAACACAAUAUUGCUGUGAGUCUAAUAAAAGUUUGUUAAUAUUUGUUAUUGUAUUUAAAAGAUUUAUUUUAACACAAAUAUUGAAACUUUAUUUUAAUAGAUCACGAGUAGUAUUGCGUAUUAUUCCCUGACUUCCAUUAUGAAACCAUGUAAGAAAAAAUGUGUUUUUAAUUCUUGGGAUUUUUAGUAGGAAAAAUAUUAUAUUCUUAUAAGUUGCAUCAAACAUG